UUCCUGCCGCGAUAACAUCCCCUAGACCUUAAUUCUUGUUGGUCCCCUCUUCACCCCACUCUCAAAUUUUGUAUGAUUCCCCUUUUCCUCACCACUCCCUUCCAUCAUCGGGCAGCCAGGGAGGACGCUUGUGCGAUUUGGGAAAGGACUGCAGUGGCAAGUUUUAAGGUGUACAUUGGCAACGCGGAAUGGAAUCUCUCCCUGGACCUCCUGCACGGUGACGGAAAUGUCUUGCGAAAUUUUUGAUUGCGUUAACCGAGACAAAGUGACCAAGUCUGAAACAUGAACACAGUUUCUCUGUACACCUAUGCUGAGUUUUUCCAGCAUUAUGUUUUAUUUUCUUAGAUUACUGUUUUGUUUACUUAAUGCCGUUGCCCCGCAUUUGAAAACCACCCAGCAAAAGUAAUACGAAGUGGGCAGGAACUCCAGCGGACUCCGUUUACCACCUGGGCACGUUUACUUCUGACAUUUGCCAGGUUGGGCGAAGGGUGCUGUAAGGGUGUGCGUGUGCUUUCUGUGCUCGGGCGGUGGGGUGGAGCGCAGGCAGCUUGUGCCUGCACGCCUUUCACCGCACGUACGGGGCUGCACGUCUUUCCGUGCCGAGAGGCUGCGACUCCGCUCCGGCCCGCCCGCAGCAUUAUUCCGGCACCGACUUUGCGCACAGCCGCUGAGAGCGUGGGCUCUGUCCUCGAGUUGCUGCGGGCUGAUCACACCGAGCCCCGGGCAUCCCCUGCGCCAGCUGGGUCCCGGCUCCAGGCUUUCAGAGCCCCGGGAGCCCGAGCUUGAGCCGCCGGCUUUUCCUCUUCUGCGGGGCGCGGGCGAUGGCGGCCGCAAUGCUAUCGGAGACGGAGAUGGAGCAGCGGUCCAUGGCCGAGGAGGACCCGAACGGCAACGAGCACGGCGCCGGGGCCAGGAACAGCACGGUGCCGCGCUGGGGACCGCAGCACGCUGGCGCCAGGGAGCUGGCUCAGCUCUACUCGCCGGGAAAACGGUUACAAGAGUGGAUCUGUGUCAUCCUGUGUGUGUGUUUGGUGGCCAUCAACUUCCUGUGCCUGAUGCUGCACUUUUCCACGGAUCACUGUUUCAAAUUAGUAAUAGCCAUUCUUCGUCUUGGCGCAUACGUUGGUGAAACAUCAACCUGUUCCUCGCCCUUGGGCUCGGGCCCCACCGCCCUGAUUCGGCCAGCGCACACCAUGCUGCAGCAGUCCUGCACCUUCGAGACUUCAGUUCACUCCGCAAAAAUACCAGGUCAUACAGCAGUUAUGCAGAUUGACCGGAUGAAUUCAUCCAACAGAUUGUUGGCUGCUCAUCUUAUAAAGGCUACAGUAUAUGGCAAGGCCUUCCCAUUGCCAUAUAAUUGUCUUGUGCAAUACAGUGAGGUGCUUACACUCCUCUGUCACAUUCACUCAGUGUGCUUCAGAAGCUUUUCCACUUUCCCUGAACUGCUAGGCUCUUACAGCUGUAACAUCAGCGUAAUUAAACCACCAGCUUUGUUAAAACUUGUACGAACAAAUGAGCUAACAUUUCACAAAUAUAAGAAGCUGUCAGUGUCCUUGAUGGUGCAGUGGAUUUUGUCUGCUUCCUGUCUCUGUUGUAAGUUCCAGGAAGAACCCCAUUCCCCUCUCUCAUUGACCAUGAUUUCUUCACAACCUUGAGCUCCUCCCUAGCUUCUCUCAGGCAUCCCCAUGGAGCACAGCCAGCCAGCAGCAGCUCUUCCUUGAUCUGUUCUCUAGCCCUGAAAUAAAAUUGCUUUUGGAAUGAGCUGCCAUUGAGCACACAUCUCUAGGACUCAGUGAGGAGUCUACUCUAUUCACACAGAGAGAGCAAAAUGAUUAAAGCAUUUAUAUAUAAAAAAAUUCCCCCAAUGAAUAAAAUACAGAUGGUAGCAAUGGAAUAUCCUUCAGGACAGACACAGACACAGACACAGACACACACACACACACACACACACACACACACACACACACACACACCAACUCGUGACUGUCCUACGUGUAAAUACGAUUUUGUAUUCAGCAGUGCCUGCAGGAUGUCUAUCCUCCUGUGUACUGAGAAAUUACACAGCAGAGGGAAAAAGCCAUUUGCAGUAAUGAGGAG